GCUUCCUGUAUUGAAGCACCACCACACUGAGCCGAAGCCCUCUCCGCUCCAGCGCCCCACACCCCGUACCGAGACACGGAGGAAUCUGUAGCCGCCGGAGGGAAGCCAACCGAGUCGGUGUACCGGUGUAGCCGCCAGGAAAUUCGUGUUUAUCUCGUGAACGAGAAGCGAGUCUGAGCGCUCGGACUGAGGCGCAGGGCACGAUUUUUCCUGGAGCUGGUGCUAGCAAGUAGCGGCUAGGUGGCUAAUGGCUAGUAGCAGCGGGUAGAAAAGCCAAAAGAAGAAGAAGCAGAAAAUAGAAAUGUGUUUAUUCCGAAAGCUAUAGAUGCGCCAGAAAACGACCUGAAGAUUUACCCAAAUAUCCGACUGACAUGCUCCCGAGAGUAUACUAACUUUGCUAACGUUAGCUAGCCAAGUUACUAGCCACCAAGAGCUGAUCCUGUUGCUUUAACAGACUGAGUUUCAAAAGAGAAAAAGGUUAGAUUAGCGGCUUCCUAGCUGACUGCAGGGUAGUGCAUCAUUUGUGAAAGCCGUUUAGGGUUAUUACUGAAAUGCCUGUUAAAAGAAAACCAGUUCCCCUGACCAUACAGCCCAUCGGGGAGGGACAGGCCACCUCAAACACCAUUGAUGCUGCAUCUGAAGCCAACCUUGAGGCCUUACAAAAGAAAUUGGGUGAGCUGGACCUGGAUGAACAGCAGAGGAAACGACUGGAGGCCUUUCUGACCCAGAAAGCCCAGGUUGGGGAGCUGAAGGAUGAAGAUUUUGACCCCAUAUGUGAGUUGGGGGCUGGAAACGGAGGAGUGGUCAACAAGGUCCGCCACAAACCCUCGGGUUUGGUCAUGGCCCGCAAGCUCAUCCACCUGGAAAUCAAGCCUGCCAUCAGAAACCAGAUUAUCAGAGAGCUGCAGGUGCUGCAUGAAUGCAACUCCCCCUACAUUGUGGGCUUCUAUGGGGCCUUUUACAGCGACGGGGAGAUCAGCAUCUGUAUGGAGCACAUGGAUGGUGGAUCCUUGGACCAGGUCCUGAAGGAAGCCAGAAGAAUCCCAGAAGAAAUCCUGGGAAAAGUUAGCAUAGCUGUAUUGAGGGGAUUAGCUUACCUGCGGGAGAAGCACCAGAUCAUGCACAGAGAUGUCAAGCCCUCCAACAUCCUGGUCAACUCUCGCGGGGAGAUCAAGCUGUGCGACUUUGGUGUGAGCGGCCAGCUCAUAGAUUCCAUGGCCAACUCCUUUGUUGGAACGCGCUCCUACAUGUCGCCGGAGAGACUGCAGGGCACUCACUACUCGGUUCAGUCUGACGUAUGGAGCAUGGGUCUGUCACUGGUGGAGCUGGCGAUUGGCCGCUACCCCAUCCCCCCACCAGACGCCAAAGAGCUGGAGGCCAUCUUCGGACGGGCCAUUAUGGACGGGGCCGAGGGAGAGCCUCACAGCAACAUGCAGAGGCCCAGACCACCAGGCCAGCCCGCGAGCGGACACGGGAUGGACAGCAGAGCUGCUAUGGCCAUCUUUGAACUUUUGGACUACAUUGUGAAUGAGCCGCCUCCUAAACUGCCACUGGGGGUCUUCACCAAUGACUUCCAGGACUUUGUGACAAAAUGUUUGAUCAAAAACCCAGCUGAGAGGGCAGAUCUGAAGAUGUUGAUGAGCCAUACGUUCAUCAAACGAUCAGAAGUGGAGGAAGUGGACUUUGCCGGCUGGUUGUGCAAAACCAUGGGCCUCAACCAGCCCAGUACUCCCACCCGCGGCACUGAGUGAACAGCCCCCCUCCCCCAGCUGCCCUGACACACCUCUGGGUCUUGCUUGCAUACACAUAAAUAUACUGCACAUACACAUACACAAGCCAUCACACACAUUGGCACUUUUUUCAUCUUGCUCUUGGGUAAAAAAUGGUUUUGCCCCCUCUCCCCUCCUUCCCAGUUUAUUUCCUCACCAGCAGCAGGGCCCGUUGAGUCAUUGUACUGUAAGACCACAGCUUCACCAUGCCAGUGUCAAGAGUAGCCACAGAUCACUUUUCCACUCUGCUACAGAGGAUGUAAAGCACUGAAGGGCUGCCAGUGUGUCAGCUGAAUUUGCAUCGAUUGACUUCUUUUGUAUGUUGAAUAUUCUGUAUUAAUCUUUUCUAUGGCAACAGAUAAUGGCUUGUGGGACUUGUAUUUUAAUAAAAUACCUGCUGUAGAGAUUUCAAAACCAAUCUGAACACCUACUUAGAAAUUCUAAAUUGGGUUUUAUUGAAGGUGAAUGCAGCCAUUUUUUAAAAUUUAAAAUCCCUUUGUCAGACUUAUUCAUGCGAAAAUGUUCUUUGCAGUUACCUCCAAUAUAAUAAUAAUCAAAUUUGUUAGUAGAGAGUGCAGGACAAAUGGGCGUACAAGGAGUCAUUUUCACUUUUUGGUAAAUGAGCAAUCGCUCUAAAGAUCACUUUGUGAACAGUGUCACAAACCAAAGAGGGUACUGCAAAGAUUUUCAAUGCCUGAUCAGUUUUUUCCCCCUACAAUCAUGAACAGUAUAUCAGUGUACUUUGAAUGUUUAGAUUUUUUUUUUCAUUCAGUGAUCUACACUCCGAUUGUGUUGACAUUGUUUCCUCAACGCACAUUUCAAUGCGCAUCCCACACCGUGUCUCUUACAUGGGUGGAGGCAUUACGUUGUGGAGGCCUGACAUGCCAGAAUGUCAUUAUUGACAUUGAGAAAACAAUGAUCAAAAUGUAUUCAUGGGAUGAUAUAGCAUGGUUUAUUAUCUUUCUAAUACUGUAUGUGUAUUUUAUUUCCCAAGAUCAUGAUGGGUAUGAUUAGCUGGUGUUUUUAUCAAAAGCCUGAAUCUCUGCAAUGUCAAUAUGAAAUUUCAAUCACGUUGACUAAUUUAACUUUUUAUUUUCUCUUUGUUGUUGGUCUGUACUCCCCCACCCCUGAAGUGUAUUUGGUUAUGUUUUCACUGUACUGCUACUUGUGGCGCUCUAAGCUUUCUCUUGGGACAAAACCAGCUUAGAGGCAUGCUUUUGGAAAAUGACUUGGGUUGUAAUACAUUUCAAAACCUUUUUCCCUGUGAUUUAACCCCCAUGAAAUGUGGUAAAAAGACAACCCAGCGUUGAGUGGUACUCCAGACGUUUCGAGUCGUACAAAGGGUUUGACUGAACAUUUUAACCCAGGUCAGUGUUGGUCACAUGGUGGUGGUGGUGGUGGUGUUACUUGCUAGCCUGCCGUCUUGCUAGAGCUCUUGUAUUCUCUCUGCUUAUGGCUGCCCUUUCUUACCCCCCCCCCCCC